CGUCUCGCCUGGCGAUCGCCUCUCUGGGUUCUCUUCCUUCCUUGUCUCUCGUCUCGCCUGGCGAUCGCCUCUCUGGGUUCUCUUCCUUCCUUGUCUCUCGUCUCGCCUCGCGACCAUGGACAUGGACAUGAACACUGGCUACAGGCCGCGUCUGCCAAGUGGAUGCGCCAUCUUUACAGAACUACCAGACAUGUUUUAUAUUCUAGAAAUCGUGUUUGGGGGUCUGGUGUGGACCCUGGUGGCCUCCACGUUUAUCGAGCCCCAUAACCCGCAGGCCUGGGUCAUGACCGUCUCCGUCUUCUGCUUCCUCAUGACCCUCAUCUGGAUGUUCGUGUUCGGCUGCGGGACGCAUCGCAGCAGCAGGGGCUGGGCAGCAGCGGAUGUCUUUUACCACUUUGUGGCCACUGUCCUCUACCUGAGCGCGGCCGUGCCCUUGGCCAAGGUCACCAUCGACAUGGCGGAGAACAGCUCCAGAAACGCCACCCAGGACAUGUACUACAAAAUGGACAUCUCAGCUACGGUCUUUGCUUACAUCGCCACACUUCUCUACUUCCUGCACGCCAUCUUUUCAGCCAUCAGGUGGAAGACCUUCUAGAAUGCUUUCUGCUGAUGACUGAAGUGGAAUUGGAAACUGCCAUGACCAACACCAUUUUAUGUAACAUGCAUUACGAAAUAUAAAAUAUAUUAGUAAUUUAAUGUGUUAUGCCAUUUUUGAAACAGUCUUAGUAUAUUGACAAAUUAUGACUGCAAAAUAGUGGAAACCUCAUGGAUUUUUAAUAUAAUGUGUAAUUAUAGUAAUUUUAAAUAAAUAAAUAAAUCAAAAACAGAACACAACUUUAGACUCAUCAGUUCAAGGAACACAUACAAGCAAAAUAUAUAUUUAUAAAAAUAUAUAUAAUAUGUAUUUCAAAUGAAUCACAUGAACCCUCAGAUUCUUGUAGAAAUGUUUUAUUCAGUCUAUGGUGUCUGAGUUACAAUUACAUUCCACUGCAUUUGAAAAGUUUUA